AAUACCAAUUAAUAAACAUUAUUAUUUUUCCAGAGGAAAAAAAAAAAAAAAAAACUCAUUUUGUUUUGGUCUCGUAAAAGUUAAAACCAAGAAAGUUCUGUUGGGUUCUAGAAGUUGGGCUCCAGGUUCAUUGGGUUUGAUUACGGACCUUCGGCUUUUGAAUAGAAUUAUCUUCAUUCAUGUUCCAGCUAAAUGGAUCCCAAACAAUCGGGCAGAAGCCCAAACAAUUAGACGGACCGGCCCGAAUAUGGCCACCAAGCGCAGAAUAAUAACGUGCUGUCGUGUCAGCGCGGCUGCAGAAGGGGAACUCAAACUCGGUCAUCGGGAAUGGGGGACGAAGAAGACGAUCCACCUCUUGCAGUUCAAAUUGACCAACCCACUUCAACUGCACCCCAAGACGACGACGUUUCAGUCGGGGUUACCGUCAUUACUGGCUAUUUGGGUGCUGGAAAAUCCACUCUGGUUAAUCAUAUAUUGAAUUCCCACCAUGGGAAGAGGAUUGCUGUGAUAUUGAAUGAAUUUGGUGAAGAAAUUGGUGUUGAAAGAGCAAUGAUAAACGAAGGAGAUGGUGGUGCGCUUGUAGAAGAAUGGGUUGAGCUUGCAAAUGGGUGUAUUUGUUGCAAUGUCAAGCAUAGUUUGGUUCAAGCACUGGAGCAACUUGUUCAGAGAAAGGAAAGACUUGACCAUAUAUUACUAGAGACUACUGGUUUAGCAAACCCUGCACCUCUUGCAUCUGUUCUGUGGUUGGAUGAUCAGUUGGAAUCAGCAGUCAAGCUUGACUCAAUUAUCACUGUUACUACACAGGUUGUUGAUGCCAAAAACCUCCGUUUUCAGCUGGAUGAGCAUCGCAGCUCUUCUUCAUUUGCUGAAGCUUAUCAUCAGAUUGCAUUUGCGGAUGUUGUAAUUCUUAACAAAGUUGAUUUGGUUUCUCCAGAGGGUUCUGGGGGUGAUCUAGAGGAACUAGAGAAGGAUAUACAUAGCAUUAAUGCACUUGCUAAUAUCAUUCGUACUACACAUUGUCAAGUUGACUUGUCCAAGAUAUUGGAUUGUCGAGCUUAUGAUGCUACACAUAUCACUCGUUUAGAAGCACUGUUGGAAGAGAGUCAUUCGCUUUCUACCCAAAAACUUCAUGACAGUGGUGUGCGAACCCUGUGCAUUUGUGAGACCCGGCAGGUUGAUGUUGACAAGGUCCGUUCAUGGCUUGAGGAGAUUCUUUGGGAUAAGAAAUAUGGCAUGGAUGUAUACCGUUGCAAGGGGGUUUUAAAUGUUAAUAAUUCCAACCAACUCCAUACUUUGCAGGCUGUGAGGGAAAUAUAUGAGAUUGUUCCAGCUCGUGAUUGGAAAAAAGAAGAAAAGCCGAUGAACAGGAUAGUGUUCAUAGGUCAUAAUUUAAACGAAAAUAUCCUUACCAGUUCUUUAAGAGCUUGUGCAACUUGUUAAGGAUUGUUUAUUGCCACUAACAGUGGGUCUGCUAAGAGAUUACAAAUGACCUGGUAGAGAACUGGAUCGUGAAGCUGUGCAACUUAUUCAAAUAUAUUUGUGUUCCAAGUCCUAUACCAUACCAAUUUUGGGAGCUCAAGAAGGCUCAUUUUUUAACCUUUGUUGUACAACUUUCCUUCCCCGGUCAACUCUUAUCUUUCAUAGGUUCUAAGACAUAAUUGUCUUUCGUUGAAAAUGGAAAUUGCCAAUAUUUUGAGGCAUGUUGUCGCUGUGCGGUUGAACGUUUCAUCUAUUAUUUGUUUGAAUGUAUACUCUAAUUUGGCUCAUGUUCAUAACAAAGAAAUUGAAUGCUAAUUAGCUUCAAGCGUUCAAUUAAAAGCAUAACAACAAAAGAAUGAAGAUGUCGUUUAUCCAAAGAAAGAG